AUGGUUCAAAGUCAAUGUUCUUGCGGUGUCACUGUCGCGAAGAUGCUCUUCAUUGUGUCAACAGUGUUAAUGGUUUUUCAAUCAGUGACCACUCAAGACAUUUCUGCGUUAGUCGAUGUAAAAACUUUGAGUGAACUUCCCUUAGAAAAACUACUACAAGUUAAAUCCACGUUCCAAGAGCCGAAAACUGAGGAAAAAGCCGAUAAAAGAGUGGGUGAGCCGGAAGCUUUAGCCCUUCAGUCCAAACGCAAACCCAACGAUAGAGGCGGCUAUCAUCACCACUAUGAAGAAGAACAUUCGAAGAAAAGUGGCAAAAAAAGUGUACAAAGCAUUUUCCAAAUUUCCGUCACGACUUUAGCUUUUCUUGCUUUCGGAGGGUAUUUGUUAUGUCUUUUGGUGCAAGCCAUCAAGGGGAAAACUAUGAUGAAUAUGAUGGAAAUGACGACGAUGGCCCCUACUGGGGCUGCUUUCUUCCGACCUAGGCCCACUAGGAGGAGACGACGGAGGCCUACUCGAAGACCUGUUAAGUUGCAGAGGCCGACAAGGCAAACCUACGGUAGGAAACCAAGGGAAAAACGGGAAGUUUGGCCUGAAGCCGACCCUGAAAGUAUGUACUACGUCCUCGUGCACCUCUCUGAAGCCUACGUCCGUUAUCACACCAUCGAUUAUAGAAAAUUCAAUUACACUACGAGCGCUUAUGUAAAUUAG